UGCAGAGUCAUGGAUGGCAGCGGCUGUUUAACAUGCGCACACGCCACAAGGACGACUGCUGCCUUGGCGUGACUCCACACUCUCCGGAGUAUAGUUAUGACAGGAAACGGGCUCCGAAUCGCUCGUCCUCUCGGAUUUGGGUCAGUGUUUUGGUGCGGAGGCUCGGUCUGAAGCAGUGAGCGGAGGACGGCAGGAGGGAGCUAACGGCUAACUGCUAACAGCUGGUGAUCCUGCAGGGAGCUCUGUUACUGAGAGGAAGAGCUUCAUUUAAAGUUUUCUACAAACCUUCCCGGCGAAUCAGGUGCAGCCAUGGCGUUUCUACAGAGCUACUGUGAAUCCAACUCCUCCAUCUCCCGCACCUGGCUGGAUGGAGGCAUCUCCCCCUGCUUCUACUUCACCCUGGUCCCCACCAUCCUCCUCACCAUCGCCUUCUUCCUCGGCACCGUCCACUGCAUCUUCUACCAGAAGUACGGCACCGCCAUGGAGCCCAAGUUCAUCCCCCGCUCGCGCCUCUACGGCCUCCAGCUGGCCCUCUCGGCGCUCCUCCUGGUCCAGUUUGUGUUUGGGCUGGUGUGGCGAGCUGCCACCGCCGCGGAGCUGCCGGGGUACGCGGUGCUGUACGGCGGCUUCUCGGUGCUGGCCUGGGCCUGGGCCGUGGCCCUGCUCAGGGUGGAGAGGAGGAGGGCCCUGGUGAUGGACCGCACCAGGGGCCACAGCGCGGCCCUGCUGCUGUUCUGGGCCCUGGCCUUCUCGGCAGAGAACCUGGCCUUCGUGUCCUGGUACAGUCCUCGCUGGUGGUGGGGUCUGGAGGACGAGCAGCAUCAGGUGCAGUUCGCCCUGUGGCUCCUGCGCUACGCCGCCUCCGGCCUGCUCUUCUUCAUCGGCCUCAGAGCUCCCGGGUUGCCACGGCGACCUUACAUGCUGCUGAUAAACGAAGACGAGCGCGACGUGGAGAACAGCGGACAGAGUCUUCUGGGAGGAGCCGAGGAGAACCAGUCCACCUGGCAGGGCUUCACCAAGAAGGUGCGCCUGCUGGUGCCCUACAUGUGGCCCCGGGGCAGCGUCUUCCUGCAGAUGCUGGUCCUCUUCUGCCUGGGCCUGCUGGGAGUGGAGCGGGCCAUCAAUGUCUUCGUUCCCAUCUACUACAAGAACAUUGUCAAUGAUCUGACGGACCGUAAGAGCUGGCGCACCGUGGCCACCACGGUGUGUGUCUACGUGCUGCUAAAGUUCUUGCAGGGCGGCGGAGCAGGCGCCUCGGGCUUCGUCAGCAACUUGCGCUCCUUCCUGUGGAUCCGCGUGCAGCAGUUCACCAACCGGGUGGUGCAGGUGCGCCUGUUCGCCCACCUGCACUCGCUGUCCCUGCGCUGGCACCUGGGCCGCAAGACGGGCGACGUGCUGAGGAGCAUCGACCGCGGCACCUCGUCCAUCAACAGCCUGCUCAGCUACAUCGUGUUCAGCAUCUUUCCCACCAUCGCCGACAUCGUCAUUUCCAUCAUCUACUUCAUCACCUACUUCAACGCCUGGUUCGGCCUGAUCGUCUUCGUCUGCAUGACGCUCUACCUCACUCUGACGAUCAUCAUCACCGAGUGGAGGACGAAGUACCGGCGAGACAUGAACCUGCAGGACAACAACGCCAAGUCCAAGGCCGUGGACUCUCUGCUGAACUUCGAGACGGUCAAAUACUACAACGCGGAGAGCUACGAGGUGGGCCGAUUCGAGGGCGCCAUCCUGAAGUACCAGGCCUCGGAGUGGAAGACCCAGGCGUCGCUGGCGUUCCUCAACCAAACGCAGAACCUCAUCAUCGGCUCGGGGCUGCUGGCCGGCUCCCUGCUCUGCGCCUACUUCGUCACUGAGGGAAAGUUUCAGGUUGGAGAUUUUGUCCUUUUCGGGACCUACAUCAUUCAGCUGUACACUCCGCUCAACUGGUUUGGAACCUACUACAGAAUGAUCCAGAACUCCUUCAUUGACAUGGAGAGCAUGUUCCAGCUCUUUGAAGAGGAGGAGGAGGUGAAAGACGCAGUGAACGCCGGAAACCUCCUCUAUCAGCUGGGAAAGAUCGAGUUCGAGAACGUCUACUUCAGCUACGUCGACGGCAAAGAGAUCCUGAAGGACGUGUCCUUCACCGUCCUCCCCGGACAGACUGUCGCCCUGGUCGGCCAGUCGGGGUCCGGUAAAAGCACCAUCAUCCGCCUGCUCUUCCGCUUCUACGACGUCCAGGGCGGAUGCAUCCGCAUCGACGGCCAGGACAUAUCCAAGGUGAAGCAGGUGUCGCUGCGGGCGCACAUCGGCGUGGUGCCGCAGGACACCGUGCUCUUCAACGACACCAUCCGGGACAACAUCCGCUACGGGCGCAUCUCCGCCAGCGACCGGGAGGUGGAGGAGGCGGCCGUCGCCGCCGACAUCCACGACAAGAUCACGACCUUCCCCGAAGGCUACGACACGCAGGUGGGGGAACGGGGCCUGAAGCUGAGCGGCGGAGAGAAGCAGCGGGUGGCCAUCGCCAGGACCAUCCUCAAAGCGCCGCAGAUCAUCCUGCUGGACGAGGCCACCUCGGCGCUGGACACCCAGACGGAGAGGAACAUCCAGGCGUCGCUGGCCAAAGUCUGCACCAAUCGCACCACCGUGGUCGUCGCCCACAGGUUGUCCACCAUCAUCGGAGCCGACCAGAUUCUGGUGGUGAGCGACGGGCGCAUCGCCGAGCGAGGACGGCACGAGGAGCUGCUGCUCAAAGGAGGCCUCUACGCUGACAUGUGGCUGAAGCAGCAGCAGGUGCAGGACUCGGACUCGUCCUCGGACACCGAAACCAAAGAUCGCAAAUCGGAGAAGCUGCAGCCGCCGGCCACCUCAGCGGGGCACUGAACUCUGAACUUGUAAAAAGUUUGUAGAUUUAAUGUGCAAUAACAGACGGAGGAGCCUUACUGAAGCCGAGGAGGUGUCAACACUAUAAUCACAGAUCUAUGAACAUCCUGGAGGCAAAAACAUCCGAUUUGAUGAUGGAAACGGAUUCAUUUAAAGCACUGUUGCCUCAAAUUUGAUGUUAUUUAUGUCCAUUUUUCUCAUAUUUAUGGUUUGUGUCUUUUUUUUUUUUUUUUCAACCUUGAGAAACGAGCCAAUGGAGUUUGUGGGGUUUUUUUUUUGUUUUGUUUUUUUUAGCUGAAUUUUGCAUCAUGUUUUUAGUACAAUGUGAGUUUUUAAUAAAGCGAUGUGCGCUCUGGCGUUAAAGGGACGAUUCACACCGUUUAAUGAAACCGGUCUAAAUAAUCCUGCAUCAUUCAACAAAACCUGGAAACGAAGCCAAACCGUCCAGUCUGAAUGUAUUUCAGUGGGAGUACGCCAUCAGACGUGCUUCAGCCCCACUGACUUGGAAAUAUGUCAUUAUUUGGUGUUUUCUACCUAUCUACUGACCGACCUACAUAUCAGCCUGUAAAUACUCCGUUUAGUCACAAUAAAGGUUUAUGAGUGAAAUCAUUAAUUUUCCUCAGUUUUAUUUUAAUGUUUUUAUCAAUAGAUUGAGAAAAUCCCCAAAAUUCUUUCUGGUCUUCUGUGUGUUUUAUUGAGCUUCUUUAUGUGUCAUACAAACAUUUGAGACUGUUCAGCUACUAUCAAGCCGUUGAGGGAUAUUUCUACACUUAAAGGCUUUACAUGAAUACAAACUGACAUAUUUUAGAAAGAUCUCUAGAUUUUGGGUCAUACACUGUUACAUUAUUUUAGUAUUUAUUUCAGUGGACUUUCAUCGGUGUAGUGGAAAACCUUAGCAGUCUUUGUGGUAAACGCCGCAACAGGGAGUCAAAAAUAGCUUUUUGACGUAUCUGUAAAAUAUAUUUUGCUGAAACUUCUUUAAGAAAGACGAUGUGAAAUGAAGCUCUAUAUAUGUUUUAUUGAUAUUGAAUUUUUUUUUUUGACCUUUUGUCAGGAGGAUGUGUUGUUUGAAAUAAUAAAUAUAUAGAAAAAGUAAUUCUGAAUCCUUUAUUACUGAUGUCCGACUAAAGAAUAUUCAGUGGGGGGAAAAAAGCCAUGUUAAAUUC